GGUGAGCAAUAAUGAGGCCGAGUGAUAGAUAGUGCGCGAGGGGCCAGGGUCUCCCUCUUUUUCCCUUCCCCAUCACAUUUACCCUUCUCCAUAACUCUGUCCCUUCUCUCCUUUCUACAUUUUCACCCUCGUAGUGCCCUCAUGCCGCAGUGAUGCGUGCGAUGAUGAGCCGUACGGAGGAACAGAGUUGAUCCUACUGCUGGCUGUUUUACAAAUUAGCUCAAGUUUUUCGAACUGUUAAUACGAGAAAAGAUUACUGUUACUUUAUCAUCUUCCACGAAAAAGAAAAAUAAGAAGAAGAAGAAGAAGAAGAAGAAGCCUGUUUUCCAGAAGACUCGAAAAAAUCAACGCUUUCAAAAUUCUUCGACGUUUAGGAAGGAUAACAUGACGCGUCGGUGCUUUUUAUCUUGUACGUCGAUCGUUCGAUGGAACAAACCUUUCCCAUGACGUAUGUACGGUGUUUGUGAGCUGGGAUAUAAAGCGUGUAAAACGUAUUAGCGCAGUUAUGGAUAUGACCAUGGGGGAACCACAAAAUAUAGGAACACGUUGGGUUUGUCCAAACGAUCGACACUUGGCAUUAAGAGCUAAAUUACGAACAGGUUGGUCAGUAAAGACAGGAUACUUGGACUCGGGAUGGAACAAUUAUUCAAACGUUGGUGGUAACAACCGUGCCAACCAAUCUUUCGUAUUGACGGAAGAAGAACGACGUACAAUUAUACAAGUGAUUCAAAGAGCGGAGGCGUUGGAUUUAUCGGAGCAGAAACGCAUCGGCAGAUUGGUUGAGAGAUUGGAAGACAUGAAGCGCAACGUUCGCAUAAUCACUUCCAGCCGAUCGGACGAACGAAGAAAUUGUGGUAACCGAUGUUCCGGUGGUACGCGUUGUGUCUGCUCUUGUGCUCUAUGCGGCGAAAAAUUCGGUGCAGUAUUAGGGGCCACCCCAACGUUUUGCAAAGAUUGUAGAAAAUACGUUUGCCAAAAAUGUGGUAAAGAGGCAAAUACACCUAAUGUAUUAGCUGUUACCUCUAAUACCGAAGUAAUAUCUACGACUACAUGUAACACGUUAGCGAAUGAAACUUUACCGAAAAGAACUGCAAUACAACGAAUCGUACAGAGGUCGUCGAAUAAUCCACAAAAGAUAUUUCUUUGUCGUAUCUGUAUUGAGAGCAGAGAAAUUUGGAAAAAGAGUGGAGCUUGGUUCUUUAAAGGAAUGCCGAAGCAUGACCUUCCGAAGAAAAAAGAACGUGAUUGGUCUCGGGCGGGUCAAAGGACACAGAAUUCGUCUUGUAAAAUCAUCAGUGCUUGCAAAUCUUUGGAAUCAAAUGAAGUUCAGGAUUCCUCGUCGGAAGAGGAGGCUGCUCGACGUUUAGUCGGUUCAAAUAACUGCUGUUCCUCUUCUUCUCCGAGCUUGCAAGGUAUCCAAGAUAUCAAUGGUCUUUCCAAACAGCAACAGAUCACGCCUUACGAUACUCAAACGGCAAGUGGCUCUUUCAAAAUGGUAUCACGAUCGAAUGAUCGAUCAUCACCUAUAGGCCAUCGAGAUGAGAGCCCUUCGACAACAACAAUGGAUAGGUUGGACAAGUCUUCGACAUUUUCGAUCUAUUCGCAGUGCAGUCGUCUAUCGCCAUCCACGUCAGCAGCAACUUUGCGUAACGCGUCUCGUACGAAUGAAAAAAGUACGUGUGAUUUAAGAGCCGAUCAACGUGGUGGAGACAAUUCCAUUGAUGAUAAUGCGUCCAUUGAGGAAAUCAAAUUAGAAAAUAAGGGUGACGAACAGGCUAACUAUCUCGAAGAUUCUCGCGGUUCUGUCGAUCGGUGUAAGGAUUCUCAGGUACAAUCAGUCAGACGGAAUUCGCCGUCGACCAUAUCGCCGAGCACUCUGAUGGAACGAAUUCUGGAAGAGGCUUGGAUGCACGAAAGAAAUGCCGAAUGCGAGAUGAAUGCCUCCUUAAAUCGGACGAACGAUCAACAAACUAUCAGCACAUGGUACGUGCAUCACUCGGACUCACCAAGGAAGCAAACGCCGAAUUACAUCGAAAUGAAGAGGUCAGAAACGGAGGAAAGCUUUGGGACUCUGGAAAUCUCCUUGCUAUACGACCCAGUGGCUCAGUGCCUCCAGUGCAAAGUGGAACGAGCAUUGGGAUUAAAGCCUAUGGACAUCCACGACCUCGCCGAUCCAUUUUGCAAAAUCACCAUACUGCCGAUGGGAAUGGGCACAAAUAUCAAGCCAAUAAGAACGAAAACUGUUCACAAGACACGAGAUCCAGUGUUCAACGAGACGGUGAACUUCUACGUUUCGAGAGAUGCCGAUAUGAAGAGUGGCAGAGCCUUACAUGUCAUGAUACUUCAAGACGACCCCUGGGGAGAAGACUUUCUAGGGGAGGCGAGGUUUCCCCUGUACGAACUAGAACCGUUCCAGAUGAAGCACUACAAAAUCACCCUCCAAAACCAUUAUCCGGUGAGUCACGAAGAAGAGGCUUGGGAUCUUCAUCGAGGCAACCGAGGUCAAAUACAACUAACUCUGAGCUACUGUACCCGUCGACGUGCUCUACUGGUUAUUAUUCACCAAGCUAUGAAUCUUUUGCCCAUGGACAACAACGGGUUUUCUGACCCAUUUGUGAAGCUAUGCCUUGUAGAGAAUGUGAUCGAGAAUCGACAACAACGAGGUCACGAUCCUCCCGGACGUACCAGCACGAAGAAAUAUCCCAGCAAGAAACUGGCCGCAGGUCGCAGCUCGUACAGCACGAGCGUCAAAUGGAAAACUCUCAGCCCAGAGUGGAACGAAGAGUUCGUUUUUGGGAUUCGAUUAACAGACCUCAUGAAAGUCACGUUAUGCCUCUCUAUGUGGGACAAGGAUUUCGGCAAGAGUAAUGAUUAUCUUGGAGGACUUGCAUUAGGAUGCAAUAGCAAAGGAGCACGAUUACGACAUUGGAUAGAUGUCAUCAAAUUUCCUGAUUAUCGUCAUCCCGCUUGGCACAAUUUAACAGAAGUUCUUAUGCCAAUAGAGUAAUAUUUUUCAAUGGCACAAUUCAUAUGAAAUUCUGUAGAAAAGUUGAAAAUACCGAUCUCAACAUUGAUGCGUUAAAGAGGCAAUAAAAGGUUUGAGUCACAUUAAUAGGUAUUGCCUAAGGAACCAACGUCUAUAUUGCAUAUUGCUGCUCAAAUUAAAAAGUAUUUUAAAAAUAAGUAUAAUAAAGAUAAUUAUAGUUA